AUGGCCGGACGUCGAGGAACGAAAGGGCGCCGCGGCGAUGCUACCGGCGCGCUCAGCCGUUCCGCUGGCUUUGACGACAUUCCCAAGGACGACGAGGAUCUGUUCGAAGCCAGCCGCGACCAGAUCCUUCUGGAAGGCUACGACCGCGCUGCCAACGACUCGGACGAAGAUAUGGACGUCGGCCUGAACAACCGUGAAGUGUUAGGUAUUGACGAAGCGCCUUCCGACGAAGAUCAAGAUCCCGACUUGGAAGAGGAGCAAGCCGCAGAGGAGUAUGACGAUGACGCAGCAGCCUAUUCCUCUCAAAAGAAACAGAAAAACAAGAAGGCGGACAUCGUCGUAUCUUCUGACGAUGACGACGACGACGACGACGACGACGACGAAGAGGAGGAUGGCGAAGACGAGCAAGAGCCACACGAGAAUGAUCGUGGCUGGGGAACGAACAAGCGGGCUUAUUACAACACCAACGACUUGGAUGCUAUGGACUCGGACUCGGAAAUUGACGAAGAGCAAGCUCGCCAGCUCGAGCUCAAGGAAGUCAAGCGACUGCAAAAGAAGAGCCGGAGUGCCAUGGACGACUCGGACUUUGGUCUCGGCGGCGACGAUGCAGAUGGCCACCUGGCCAAGUCGGCCAAGGAUGCCGGACGAGAGCAACGAAGGCGAGAACUCGAUGGCGACGACACUACCCCGUCCACCCGACUCCAUGGGAAAAUCACCUCUGCUAGCGCUGCAGGUUCAACCAACGAAAGCUCACGCCGUGCUCUGCUAGCCAAGCUGCAGCAAACGAGCCCGGAAGCGGUCGCGCUCGCCGGAGAGUAUGCCGACAUGCUCGAAGAGUUUGGGCGUGCCGAUUCCAUGCUCAAGCAAAUCAUGACCACACAUCCAGAGCACGCCAGUCUUGAAGUGAUGCAUGUUUACUACCAAACACUGGCCACCUACAUCACCACCAUGACGUUCUACUUCCACCUUCGUGCCUCUCCCGAAUUCGUCAACGAGCCUAGCAAGCUGCGAACCCAUCCGGUCAUGCAACGCAUGAUGCGUCUCAAGCAAGGUCUCAGCGUUAUGGAGGAUCUCGGGCUCACGUUUGGUCCACAGCAUACGUCUGUCACCGACGGGGGCCUGUCAUCCGAGGAGAUGGAUGACAUGUACAUGCUCAGUCAAGGCAGCGAAGACGAUGAUCUUGGAGACCUCGACGAGGAUGAGCUGGCGGAUCUGAUGAUGGAUGCUGAAGCCAGCGGCGGCAAAGAGAACACCGCGCCAGCCAAAGCCAAGAAGACGAAGACCAACAAGCAGGCGUUACGUGCUUCUGAAGAGGACGACGACUAUGGAGAUUUCGAGGACGUGGUUGCCGAGCCUAAGCAGAAGAAAAACAAGGCGAUUGUAGCCGACAAGAGCAUGGACAAGAAGAAGCCAGCCAAGGACAAGAGGCCGGAGCCUGUUGCACCGCUAGCAGCCGGAUUGGCGGACUUGGAUGACGAGCCGACGCUGCAAGUUAAGCUCAAGAAGAAAGGCGUGGCUGGCAAAUCGGCCACCGGCAGUAAUCCAUUUGCAGCGUCUGGCGACAGCACCAGCUUUGACGAUGCGACGUUUGGAGAGCUUUCGGGCCUGUCCUCGAUCGAAUCAGCCGAGCGAGCGGCGAGGAAGCGAACGCUGCAGUUCCACGCCUCAGCCAUCGAGAGCAAGGCUCUGCAGCGCUCGAAAGCAGCCAAGGAGCGCCAGUCGGGCGAUGCCGACAUUCCUUACCGCGAUCGGGAGCGUAGCCGAGCAGGUGUCGAGGCGGCCAAAGCUGCGCGAGAAUCCAAACUGCAGCAGCAGCUCAACGGCGGCGCGGGCAAGGACGUUGCGCUGGAUGGAGAGGAUGGGUGGGGCGAGGCGGACGAAAAGGACUGGCGCGAUGUCAUGGGUCAGCCCAUGGCCUCUUCGCGUGCUGGCGCGGACGAAGGCGAUGACGAUGAUGCCGAUUACUACGACUUGGUUGCAUCCUCUCGUAAGCGCGCCCGCGCUGAAGCCAAAGCAGAGUACGACGAUGCACGCAACGCCGAGCGAUUCGCCCUCAUGGAAGACAAUGCGCUGGAAGACGGCCAACACCGCGCCAUCACGCGCCAGAUCGAGAAGAACAAGGGUCUCACGCCUCACCGUCCCAAGACGUCUCGCAAUCCGCGUGUCAAGAAGCGUCUCAAGUACGAAGCGGCCAAGAAGAAGCUCGGUUCGCGCCAGGCUGUGUUCAAAGGUGGACAAUCCACACUCCAGGGUGGAUACGGAGGAGAAGCGUCUGGUAUCUCGACGCACUUGGUCAAGUCGAGGAAGCUUGGUUGA